AUGAACAAAUACACUCUAAGAUUUGAUAAUCCCACGCUUGAGUCAGAAUACUAAAAAACUGAAUUUGAUGCAUUUAGAAGCAAAACUAAUUCUUAUUUUCUCUUGAUCUAUUUCCUAAUAAGCUGUUUAAACUUCUCUUCGCAAUUCAUCCAAGUACCUGAAAAUCCUUAACAUUUGUGGCCUAUAGCAAACAUACUCUUAAUUGUGUUGAUAUUUGUGAUCACAAGAAAGUAUCAAUAUUUAGGGAAACAGAUGAUAUUCUUGGAAUGCCUUGUUGCUAUUUCUUCAGUACUUUAGAUAACUUAUUCUCACAAUAUGUCAAGUGAGUCCCUAAAUAGUGUACUGCCUCUUGUUGAUAUAGUAUCUAAUUUGCACUUCUUGCAAAUAUUCGAUAUUAGCUGCGUUUAGAUAACUCUAACUAUGGGAUUGAAAAUUUAUCUGUCAUGUGUAAACUAGCCUGAAAUUAACUUAUUUUUAGUACUUACCUCAAUUCUGAGUUCCACCAUUCAGAUAGUUACUAUUUACUUUUAUAAACAAUGGAGCAGAUAAUAAUUUACCCUUUAUAUGAAAGACUUAAUAUGGCAAUAGUAACUUUCAAAUAUUAUUUAAAAACCCUUUUUUAAAUUUUCACUUGAUCCUAUUUCCAACAAUUUAGUUACUCUUCUAUCCAGUAAAAUUAAUCUAUUUCCAGGAUUCCAAUCUAGUUUUUGCGAAAGCUGUAAUUUAAGAACCUUUUUAAGAUUGUGCUAAAAUAAAAACAUAUCCCUUGAGCAGAAAUUGAUAAACGACUAUCAAGCUGAAAGGCUCUCACUUAUACAACAUAAUUAUGAGUUGUCCUAUUAAGUCAAUUCUAAAACUGUAGUGGUUCGUGUUUGCAAUAUAAAUGUCGAAAGAUUUAAAUGUUUAAUCAUCCUGGAACAAUGCACUCAAUAAAAGAAGUAGGUUGUCUCAACUUCCAAUAUCAGAAAAUCGAUGUUGAAUUCGCUCACUUCUAAUUCGAAACUAUUGAAUCACAAAUUCUUUAAAUUGGGAAUUCUCACUAUCUUACAUUUCAACAACAGAAUAGUUGGCAUAAUCAAUACCUAUGAUCUCAUGAGGAAGGUAGUCAGUUAUUUCAGCUUUCUCAAUAUUGAACUAUUCCCUUUGAAAUCUUCAAAUGCCUACUUACUAUCCACGUAUAAACAGCAACUAUUUAUAUUUAUGAUAUGCAUCUUCAACAUUUUGACCACUUAGAUCAAAUCCAAAAACACCAAGAUACUUGUCAAUUUAUCAAAUGAUGAAGGCACAAUCAAUAUCAUAAUUAAAGGAGUUAAUGAAGUUAUAUUUUUAGAAUAAUACAAAUCCAAUAUGUUUUUAAUGUAAAGCUAAUAACAACUACUCAUAUCUCCAUUGAAUAAGAAUUUGACACUAAAAUUAUAAACUUAAAGAAUGAAAUGA